CACUCCUAAUCCUAAUCUUACACCAGAUUACGACGGCGGCGAGUGAUGCGUUUUCUCGCCCCUUACAUGUAUCGCCCGUCUGAUCCGUCCUUCUCUUUUCCUCGGAAUUCUCCGGCGCGGGAAAAAGGGCGAGAUUUCCCGCCAUUUCUCUCCCUUCUCAUCCAACCCUGGUGGAUGCGAGAUCGACGAACCCUAACGCUAAUUCUAGAGUAACGUUUUGUGCUCGCCCUUUUCCGAUUAGGUAGAUCCAAUGGAGGAGGGGACGGGGACGGCGGCGGCGGCGGCGGCGGAGGUGGAGGAGGAGGUGGCAGUCACGCCGUCGCCUUCCAAGGCGAAGAGGCCUCGGAGGUCCGUCCAAUCGAAGCUUUCCUGGGCCGUGCCCAAGGCUGGUGGGGCUAAUGGCGUCGAGGCUGUGAAGGUGGAGGCGGCUAGGGAGGAGAUUGUAGGGUGCGAGGAGGAGAAGAGGGAGAAGAGGGAGAAGAGGAAGAGGAGAGGGAUCGGGACAGGGAAACCUGAAGCUGGAAUUGCCACGAAGGAAACCUUUGAUCUAUCUCCACGAAAGAAAAUGCAUCCAUUUUUUGCAUGUUGGGGGUCAAGCAAUAGAAUAUUGGAGAGUCAAAACCCCAUGAAAGUUGAGGGCAGUCAGUUGCUUCGUCUUGAUGGGAAGGACUUUGUUUCCUGCCCUCCUAUACAUGUUUGUGACAAAUCAAAGUGUUAUAUCUCAUUGGAUUGGAACAAUUGGGUAUUCAAGGAUGAAUCUCCUCUUGAAAGUGCUUUUGUGGUUUCUAAUGCUGCAGUUAAUUCUUUAACACUGGUGAGUACUUGUCAUAAAGAACUACAAUUGGACCAGUUGUCAGAUUCAGGAAAAAGAGGGCUCCGGCUUCAUGGUGGCAAUGAUCUUACCGCCAGAUGUGAUGGUUGUAUGGGCAGUUUGGGGAACGAGCACCAUGAUAACACACCUUCUGAUAGUUAUUGGCCUGAAUGUAGUCUCUGGACCAACAAGUACCAGCCUGAAGAUGCCUCUCAGGUAUGUGGAAACAGUGAAUCUAUUAGGUUCCUCAGCGAAUGGCUUAAAGCUUGGUAUGAAAGAGGUCGCCGAAAGAGUAAUAACUGUAAAUAUGAUGAACAUAUUGUUGAUGAAGAUGUUGAAGACAACUUGUAUGAAUGCGGAUCUGAAAGCGAUGACAUCAAUGAGGCAGAUCUUACGAAUGUGCUUUUAAUUACAGGACCAGUUGGAAGUGGAAAAUCUGCUGCAGUUUACGCUUGCGCAAAAGAGCAAGGGUUUCAAGUAAUUGAGGUGAAUACAUCUGAUCUAAGAAAUGGAGCACACGUCAGGCAAAAAUUUGGGGAGGCAGUGGGUUCACUUGGUCUGAACAGAUGGUCAUGCGAUAAUAUCCAUUUUGCAAGAAGAAAAAAUCUUUUUGAAUCGAUUUCAAGUGCUUGUGAUUCUAGAGAAGAUAGCGAGAAUUGCUCAAGAGAAGUGGUUGUAAACAGAUGUAGUCCAGAUAAAGCUUCUUCAGAGUGCACUUGGGGUGUUAGAGAAAACAAUACUGCACCUAAAUGUGGCACAAAUAAAACAUUAAUACUCUUUGAGGAUGUUGAUACUGUUUUUGAUGAGGACCGUGGUUUUAUCUCCACCGUAGUUCAGCUAGCCGACACCACUAAAUGGCCCAUUGUGCUUACUAGUAAUAACAAGAAUCCUAUCUUACCGCAACUUUUGGGUCGGUUAUCAUUGGAAUUUAAGCAUCCAUCAUUUGAAGAGCUACUUUCCCUCGUGGAACUGAUCUGUACUUCUGAAAGAGCUAAAGUUUCUUCAUCCUUAAUGAAGCAUUUAAUCAAGUCUUGUCUAGGUGAUAUUCGGAAGACAAUCAUGCUUCUUCAAUUUUGGUCUCAAGGCAGGAGAGACUUUGUAGAUAAGAAAAUCAAAUGCACUUGCAGCCCCCUUCCAUUUGAUAUUGAUGCAGCACAUUCAGUAAUGCCAAGAAUACUUCCAUGGGAGUUUCCAUGUGAACUAGCAGGAAAGUUAUACGAGGAGAUAAAUCUGACUAUUGAUAUGUUAGAAGACUAUUUGCAGGGCGUAGAAGCACCAAUCAAUGCAAAGCUAAAUUUUGAAGAGAUGAAAGAUUUUUUCAGUAUGGGAAAGAAUGCAUGUAAAAGUAAAAAGACUAUGAAGAAACCUAAGCUAAAGGCGCAUCACACAGUUGAUUGCUCUGAAGUUCCAGCUCAUGAGAAUGAUCUCGAUGACUUCUCCGAUGCUUCAGAUUCCCCUGUGCCGAAUGUUCAAGGAAGAGUGACAAGUAAUCGUUUUAUGGUAUUGUCAUCCCAAUCAGAUGACGACCUAUAUGAUGAGCAUCUGCCCGAAGAUAACAAAUUAUGCAAUUAUUUAUUGCACGAUACAUCAGUCGCAACUAAUUUACACGGCCAAGAAGCUUCAAGUCUCUUGGAACUACCUGCUGAUUUAUCUUAUCAAUUUAGAAAGGACAAUUAUGUUCAAACUCUAUUUGAAGGCAAUAGAACAAUUUCUACUUCAUGUGUUUAUGAUUCAUUCAAGAUGCAGGAUGUGUCAUUUGUUCCAGAGUCCUCAGUAUCUGGGGCUGAAACAAUUAAAAAUGACGAAUUCCUAUCAACAGCAGUAUCUCCUGACAAUCUGAAUGGCCUCAUGUUUAAAUCAAAUGAAUAUUUAGAAACUCUUGUUGGUGUUGCUCGUGAGGCUGAUGUAGAAUCAGUCGUUCAGGAAAAUUUGGAGCUGUGGAAUAGUCAGAAUGAAGAUGAAGCUACAACUGUUGGUUACCAUCUGAUGGAUGAGUGUAGCCGUCCUGAGACCAUGUGGCUGGUUUCUGGUAGUAGUAAAUGCUCUCCCAAAAUCAUAUCCGUUCAGGAUACUUGGAAUAAAUUACGUGGUCAACGUGACCUUCGUUCACACCUCAACCACCAUAAAGCGGCUUCUGAAGCAGUAAAUCUUGCUAGUGGAAUUACUGGUCUAAUUUCUGAAACUGAUAUUAUGUUCACUAGUUGCAAGCCACUUGUCAAUGAUGUUUUGGAGCCGUCAUUGACCCGGGGGGAGGAACCAGAUUCUUUCUCCUGGUAUUUUGACCAGUUCGAGAUUGGAUCUGCAUACGCUCAGCAUGGCUUUUGCUUUUACACUAAUGCAUGUGUUAAUGCAGGCCCAGAUUUGAGUAUAAAUUCAACUGAUCUUUCACAGGAAAUGCUAGCUUCCAGCAUUAGUGCUAUGGCUCUUGGAAAACUUUUGGCUAUGGAAAUUACUGAUAGUGAAGCAUUAUAUAAUAGAAGCUUGCAUAUGAAUGAGCCCAAAUUUUCCCCUUCUCAAAAGAGGGUAUUAGAAUCUGGCCUCUAUGAUGCCAUUCUUCCUGUAAUUCCUACUAGGAUGUCUAUGUCAUUGAAAGGACCUGCAUUCCACGAGUAUUUGUCUUUUACAAGCCAAAUCGCCAAAUUAGAAUGUUCUCGGCUCUCAGAAAGCAAAGACAUAAAAUUACAACGAAGGGAAGUGACGAUUAAAAUAUAUCGGGAGCCUGGGCCAGCCUGUGCUAGAGGUCUGCUAAUGUGCCACAGGUCUCGUACUUCAAAGCAUUACUUAACUUUGGGCGGACUAUCCUUAUCUCCAGAAGAUGUGGGAUUGUUAGCUCGAAGCACCUGCUUUAAUGAUUCACAGCUACAUGCUCAACAUGACAAGGUUGCAAAUGAGAAAAUUUCUUAAAAUGUGCAUUUGCUGACGGUAACGUGCGAACUAACACAGCUAUUUGUUGAGGUGGCUAACAAGAACCGAAAGGAUUGCUUCUCUAAGGUUGUUGUAUCUUUUCCAAUAUUGUGUACAUCUCUUCUGGUCUCUAACAAUCCUUGCUAAAAGGAUUCUGUCCCAUAAAAGGGAGCAAUCAAUAUUUUUUUUCAUCUACUUAAUUGUAACAUCUUGGGGCAAAUUUCUGUAUCAUCCUGUGCUAAUUUAGGCCAUAGAGCUAUUAUUCUUUAGUAUAUAGAAAUGAGAUCCUCAAAAGCCAUUGCAAUGCUUGCGUGUAAAGAACAAUUAUGUAACAAUCGAGGGACUAAAGUAUAAUUUCAAAAGCCAGUGAAAUGAUAACAUUUCACCGACCUUUAAACAUCAUGUAA